GAAAUUGCAGUUGAUCAGCUUUGAAAGUUCACAGUUCCACUUAGGUCUGUCUGAUUUUCAAAAGGCUGUAACACACUCACCAACAUCAGCUGACCCCCCCCCCCCCGCUCCCCCCCACUCUCACUCCAGCAGCAGUGUCAUGGCUCUGGGAUGACGGGGGCAGUGACAGUUGUCAGCGUGUCUCACGUCACGGAGCUGGCUGUGUGUGCAGCUCCCGCACCUCUCUGUGCCCCUCCCCUGCCACUCGUGUGUGUGUGUGUCUGAUCUGUAGGCAGCUAGAGGUCUGUGGUACUUUACUGGGAUCCGUUUUCUCUCUCUGUCUUUCCCCUCUGUUCUCUCGCUCUUUCUCUAACAAUGUUUUUUUGCAUUGCAUGUGUUAACUGGGUAUCAUUCGGUACUAGCUCUCUCACACUCUGUCCUAAUCACAACAACUUUUCACCUCCCCUCCCAUUUCUCCAAUGUCCCCUACCCCUGUUCCCUCCUCCAAAUUCCUGGCCCUGAGAGAGAGAUCCAGUGGGCAGCCUCAGACACACACAAACACGCGUUCACACACACAAGAGCAAACUCGAUUUAAAAAACACCUGUGCACAAACUGUGCUGGCCUCAAACUUGAGAGAGAAGAUUGAUUUCACACCGUGCCAUUUCACAUGAUGCUUUCUGGCCUUUUACCUUUGGCUACUGAGACACUGCACCAAGUCAGGGUCCGCUACAUCACAGCACCACUGGCAACAAUAUUCAGUUAGAAUCAAACCUCAGUCAGAUUAGAAGGAAACACACAUGCCCAGGGAUUUAUGACAGGUCAAAGGUCAUACAGUACACUCUCAUGGUGCAGUACGACUGCAGUAACACACUGACCCACCCUCAGUAUGUUAUCACGGGUGCUAACAGCCAUUUGGUGUCUCUCUGCUUUGGGUCCAGGUGCUGACAUCAUCAACAUGAGGUGGGUCUGACAGACUGUGACGAUGUACCAACUGCUUAAAGGCUAUGUUGUUGUUCACAUCCAUGUAUCAAUAGAGCUGUAGGUGUCUUUGCAAUGAUCAACCUUGUAUAGGUGUUUUUUCACUGCCACCCCCACGCGCAACAACAUUGCUCACUCGCCCACACACACAUACACACACACACACACACACACACACACACACAUACAGAGCCUAGAGGAACACACAAUUAUACGCAGACUACUGUGCUGUUGCUCAGGCACCAGCUGUGUCUUUUCUCUGCUCUGUGCUGUGUUAGUGUGUUACUCCCACCACCUCCCCGCCUUCAUUUGGGAAAAUGAACCCCUGGAAGAUUACCAAGGGAAAGGUCAUCUGCCGUCAGUCACUCGUCCCCUUUACAACCCUGACCCCGCCUAGGGCUCCAUCUCUAUUCAGCACCAGCUCCAACACUGCAGGAGGCAGACUGACGAGGUCAGUUAGAUGUUUUUAAGGUCAUUGAUUGUAAUGGAUCCAAUGAUCCUGACCAAGUCUGUCCACCGUUUAAGUCACAACUCCUCAAGGUCAGCUGGACAGACCCAAGGUUAGGUAACAACUGCUCUCCAAUAUGGUGGUUCUAAGAGGGCAGGGCCUUAGUUGGAAGGUGUCUGUUCUAUUUGGCCUGAGUCCCUUGAGAACCAUGCAGGGGCUGUUGUUUCCAUUUAGUCACACCUAUCUGAGCCUCAGCAGGGAGGAAUGUGAGCGUGCAAGGCAGACAGACAGACAGAGCGCCAAGGACAGCGGAGCUGGAAAUAGAGCUUUACAAGGAAGAGGAGAGCUGCCCCCCUGCUCUGUCCAACAGACCCGGCUCCACAAGACUCCUGUAAAAACACACAUUCCACAGGGGGACGAGAGCGAGUGACGCCUGACUGCCACCCUCUGUUUUCUACUGCCACAUAGUUACUCACUCACUCAUACAGAGAUAAUCAUAUUAAAUAUGACCCAAGUUUUGGUUGAUCUUUUAUUGGACAUUAAAUUCUGGUUAAGUGGAUUAGUGUGCUGUCUGUUCUGUGGGUUAAGGCCUAAGACACUGAUGGUGCAGUAAUCCCUAUUAAAAACCUCCCAUAUAACACAAGGGGCUUCUGAACCCCAGUGUGAGGCUCACACACAGCCAGCGUCUACUACACACAGAAAAUGACACCGUCAGCAUCACUAGGUUUGAAGACGCACACAGGUUCCUGGUAUGGUGCCCCCUGUAUACCUCUUCCUUCCUUUACCCCCAUCUAUUUGGUUUUACCCUCCCUCCACCUCUCCCUCCCAUGCACUGUGUCAAUGACCGCACAAUGCACAUUACCCUCCCUACCAACACUCGGUGUGGAUUUCUCUUGUUUGGAUAACAUUUUCUUUUUAUUUCUCCUAUAUUAACAGUCAUCAUUAAAUCAGUGAGUUUAUUGACAUGCCUAGUUACCACAUUUCUGUUUUGUGUACAGUGUUUUAUACAUUUUUUUUAGGUCAAAAUAAAGAUUUUAGCUCUUUUAAUAAGAAAAACUAGAAAACAAAUUGCAGUUGAAAGCGUUAGUGACUGGCCGGUUUCUUACAUUGUGUCACGUGUGACUGUUCUUUUGACAGCCCAGUAUUUUAAAGCCAGGAUAACAUUGGGCACCGGCUGCUUCAGAAACAUGGCUGGAAGCUGGGGCAAGGACUGGGCAAAACCAUGCAGGGUAAGGUUUGUUGGAUUCCCUCUGUGUGUGUAUAAGUGUGUGUGUUUCUCCCACUCUGUACAAUUUACCUCAAUGUAACACCCCCCUUUACAACGUAGGCUAAUACUGGCCUCUCUCGGCUUCCUCUUGUCUUUAUAAACCACUAAACUAUUAUUUCACUUUUCACAAUCUGCUCACAAGUACCUACAGUGCUUUGAUUCCAAGUACGAAAAACCCAACCAAAAUCCAAUUAAAAUCAAGGUAGAUCCUAGUAACCAAAGAUUGCAUCACAUCCUGUAGAAUCACCAGCUCCAAGUCUCUUUAGAUUUGUGUUUUUCCCUUUGAGUGUCCGUGGCUGCCAUGGUUGGGGGUUCUGAUUGGCUGUGACCACGGCUCAGUCUUUUGAAUGGCUUGCAGAGUAGCCCCCUUUUCCCCCACCUGCCUGUAUCUACCUUCAAACCUGUGGAGUGAGUGUGUACUGUAUGUAUGCGUGCAGUUGUCAUGUGGGACUGAGACGUGUGUAUUUGUGUGUCUCAGUCACGGACGGGGGCCCUAGGGACAACUUACAGGGAGAACCUCACUCCCCCCUCCUGCACCCAAAAUGUGUCUGCCCCUCCCUCCCAUGUCCACCAAAGUCACACACACCCAUCAUCCCUCUCCCUUUGCCCCCCCCCCCCCCGCACAGCAUGUCUGUCCCAGAGGUUCUACCCUGCCUGCCUCGACUGUGUCAGUCAUCUGGGGAUUUAAGCAGUGCUCUGUAUAGGCUACCGUGCUACACUCAAAGUACCCUUCAUAUGCUCCAUGGAGUACUUAAAAUUCAACUCUAAAUAGUAAUUUGACUGUUAUUUUCCUGUUGUUGCACACUUAGUGCCCGACCAAGUCUCCUAAGCACUGCUCAAAGCCCUGUGGCCCACUUUUUCAGGUACCUUUCUGUCUAUGUUCACCAUCCUGGGGGUAAGCAUGUCCCAAACGGAGCUUGCUGACAGUGGGACAGUGAGGGGAUUUGGGGGAAUCUAGGCUAACCAGGCAAACAUCUGUCUGUGAGGCCGACAGAGGGGAGAAUGGUGGCUGUGUGUCGAGUGGUGUUCUGUUGUCAGGGGCAGCUGAUUGGUUGCAUGCUCGUAUCAAAUGAGGCAUGGUAAUUCCUCUUUACUCUAGCAGAUGCGAUAGAUAUUUUAACACACUACAUUUAAAGCAUGAUCUGUAGGACAGCCGGACAGGGAACCUCGCCCUGUUCCAAGUGGAUCUGUCCUUAGAUUCAGCUGUUUAAACAAUCAUCCCCUACCCUGAAGAACAGAGUCCAACUCCACUCCCCCAGAGCCCUUAUCUGAUGGGGAUGUUAUCGAAGCCAGCUGCUAGCUCUAGCUCUCAAUCUUUGGGGUAGGGUGAAGGAAAAGUGAGGGGUCUUGUGGGUUACUUACCACAGAUAUUGGCGUACAGGAGAGAGGAACAGGGGGUCCAGGCACCCAUGGAUAUUGGGGUAGAAAGACCCAGGACUGGGAUGGUGGGUGAGAGAGUGUGGUGGUGAGAGGAGAUCCCUGUAAGCACCCAGAGGGCCAAGAGUGAAGAGAGGAGAGGAGGGCUUUUAAUCCCCCCCCAACUCCCAUCCCCACCCCAUCCGCCCUUCUCUAUGUGCCUCGAAUCUUCCUGCUUAACCAAUUGGUGUUUCUUUUUUACAGCGAUUUGAUCCUGCCCAUGUUGUGCUGAUGGUAAACUUAGUGGACGCACCGACCCUGUGCCCAUCAUCCUUAAAUAUGAUGUCAUGGGGAUGGGACGCAUGGAGAUGGAGUUGGAUGUUGCCGAAGAUGCUACAGAGAAGAGGAAAGUGCUGGAGGUGGAGAAGGAAGUCACAGAGGAAUUACAGCAGAAAUACAAGGACCAGGUGGAAAAGGAGAAGGCCAUCGCCAAAGCCCUGGAAGACCUGCGGGCCAACUUCUACUGUGAGCUGUGUGAGAAACAGUACCAGAAGCACCAAGAGUUUGACAACCACAUCAACUCGUACGACCACGCUCAUAAGCAGAGGCUUAAGGAGCUGAAGCAGAGGGAGUUCGCGAGAAACGUGUCAUCACGCUCCCGGAAGGGUGGGAAGAAGCAGGAGAAGAUGCUACGCAGGCUGCAUGAGCUGGCUGAGCAGAGGAAACAGCAGAACCGUACCCCGGGAAGUGGUCCCAUGUUCAAGCCCACCACCGUGGCAGUAGACGGGGAGAAGGGUGAAGAGGGGAGUGCUGUAACCCCUGAGUAUGUCCCCCCUGCAGACACUGCCAUGGAGGGCUUGUCAGGGGAGGAGAAGAGCAGUGGUGGUCAGGCCUCCCCCAAACCAGCCCCCACCGUCAGCUUCUCCCUGGGGAAGAGCAGCUCAUCCCCGGCCGGGGCCUCCAAGGUCAGCGUGUCCUUCUCCUUCGCCAAGAAACCCCCGGUGAAGUUGGAGACGGUCGCAGCAGUGUUCGCUAAACUCCAUCAGGAUGAAGAGGAGGAGGGGGGUGGACAGGAGGAGGGAGGGGAGAAGGCCGUGGGACAGGAGGAGACGUCAGGCUGCAGCACCGAGAGCCCCAAGGGAGGAGGGGGGAAUGGAACAGCAGGGCCAGAGGAGGAGGAGGAGCAGCAGGAGGAGCAACUACAUCAAGAACAACCAGAGCAGGAGGAAGAGGAUGAUGGCGCCUCCCUAGCCUCCACUCUCAACAAGCUGAAGAUGAUGAUGAAGAAGGAGGAAGGCUGGGCCGGCCAGGAGCCUGAGUACUACCACUACAUCCCACCAACUCACUGCAGAGUCAAACCCCGCUUCCAGUUCCUGGUGUUCAUGAAGGCCACAGACCAGUGUGAGAUCAGGGAGCAAGAAGAAGAUGAAGAAGAGAAGGAAGAAAAGGUCGUAGCAGAGGUUUCUGAGCAGACACAGCCAAAAGCUACUGAGUGCAAAUCAGAGGAGCCAGAGAAAACUCCUGCAGCUCCAGUCACAGAGCCCAGUCCUACUCCCACAGUCACAGAGCCCACUCCUACUCCCACAUCACCUAAACUGAAGACUGAAGAGGUCUCUGCCAGCUUCACAGACCCUCCUCCCACAACGGCCCCCACGCUAGAACCAGACAACAAGCAGGAGGCCCCACUCCCAGUCCCAGAGCCCAACUUGGGCCCCAAAAUCCCCACCGGUCCCUUCUUCCUGGUCCUGAGCAAAGACGAGAGCACCACUCUGCAGUGGCCCUCGGAGCUGCUGGAUUUUACCAAGGCUCAGCCAGCCCUCUCUUACAGCUGCAACCCCCUGUACUUCGACUUCAAACUGUCCCGCAACAAAGGGGCCCGUGCUGGACGAGCAGCAAAGUCCUCCAAGCCCGCUGGUGAAGGAGCUGAGAAGAAAACCAAUCCUGAGGCAGCUGCUGCAGUCAAUGUGGGGAAUGCUGCUGCUGCCACCACCACCCCUGGGCCCAGCACUGACAACACUGGUAAGGAGCAGCCCUCCUUAAAAAUAGAGGGUUCCCAAGGGGAGACUGAGGAGCAAAAGCUACAGAGUAGCACAAGCGGAGCCAAGAAGAAGAAAAAGAAGAAAAAGAAGAAGCAUAAGAAAUCUGGCAAAGGCUCCAAGCGCAAAGAAAAAGAGAAGGGAGCCGUAGUCGACGGGGACGCGGAAACUGAGAUCCUAGGAGAGAGAACCAAAAAGAAGAAAAAACACAAACGAAAGAAGAGCAAAAACAAAGGUGAGGAGGGGGAAGAAGGAGGUGGUGGUGAUAAGGAAAAGCCUAAAGAGGAAAAAGCAGUAGCCGCAACGGUUUCUAGUGCUCCCCCAGCACCAACAGGAACGGAACCUGGGAAGAGGAAACGACCAGCCAAAGAAGCACUUCAGAAGUCCGGGGAAGAGGAAGGUGGGGCAGGGAAAGGUUCUGACGAGGCCAAGCCCUCUGAGGAGCACAACGGCACCAAGCGUCUGAAGACAGACCCCAGCGCCCCACCCAGCGCUUCCUGCUCCUCCUCGGCCCAGAAGAGCCCCGGGCCAGGCAGACCACCCAGCAGUGAGAGUGAGGAGGAAGGAGGUGGAGGCUCGGCUUCCCGAUCCAGCCGCCGUAGGUCCACGCCCCGGGAGGGGCGCCGGCACCAGAGCGAGGACUCCGGCCGCUCCCGAAGCCACUCGUCGCGUCGGGGAGACGGGCGAGGGAGCAGCCGGCGGCGGCACCGCGGCCAGGCCUCCCGUAGCCAGUCAGACUCCAGCAGCUCAGAGCGCUCCUCGAGCGCCUACAGCCGGCGCAGCCACAGCUACUCAGACAGUUACAGUGACGACAGUGACGGGGGGCGCCACCGGAGACACUCUAAACGCUCCUCUGACUCAGAGUACGAUCGACGGGGAAGCGGCGGGCGGCGGCGCUCCAGAAGACGUCACUACUCGUCCUCGUCCUCGGAGGACUCUCGCUCCCGCUCACGCAGCCGCAGCCGCAGGAAGAGGCACCAGCGGCGGCACCGGAGCAGCUCUCGGAGCUCUAGCAGCAGGAGCCGCAGCAGCAGCGCCAGGUCAUGGAGACGCAGCUACAGCCGCAGUCACAGCUCAGCCAGCCGCUCCUCCAGCUCCACCAAGGGCUCCCCUCACCGAGGCCGGGGGGGACACAGGGGCAGGGCAGACAGCGCCACACGGCGUCGAGACUUCAACCGCUCCUGCAUCUACCGCUCCCAGUCCCCCCGCUCUGCCUCAUCACGAGCCCCAAACCGCAACAGCAGCUCCCAGAGCCAGAGGGCAGGGGGGUCCCGGGGAGAAGGAGGAGGAGACCAGAGGAACUCUUCCUCACACUUCACCGCCCGCCAGCUUCUGGAUAAAAUCCAGUCCAGGAAGGGAUCUGAUGUCCCAAACACAGGGACCAAGACUGGCGCCAAGAUCAAGGACCCACCAUCGGGCUACUUUGGGCCCAAACUGCCUCCAGCUCUGGGCAAUAAGUCCAUGCUGCCCCUGUUCGGUAAGCUGCAGGCAGGUAAGAAAUUCCCUGCGAUCCCCCUGACCCGGCCUGAUGGUGGAGAGAAGUCAUCAGCAGGGAAAGGUUCAGAUGCCGGGGCAGAGGUCAUCCUGAUGGAGCCCAUCCGGGAGUUCCCCCCACCGCCUCCCCCUCAACCAGCUCAUAAGAAAGUGGAGGAGACGGUAGUAGUAGUUCAGGAGGCCCACCACCUCACCCUGGACGCAAGGGUUCUUCAUGAGCCCCGGCCGCUGUUCCAUCAGGAGCCCUCCAUGCUGAUGCCCCCAUACCAGGGCGAGCCGGGACAGGACCCCUCCCAGAACCCCAUGAUGGAGCCCCUCAUGCCCGACAUGCAGCAGCAGCCUCCCCCCAUGCACGCCUACCCCAACUACCCCCCGCCCAGCCUGGAGGAGGAGGACAUGGGCAUGGAGGCAGAGGAGGACGGUCUGGCCCCGCUUGAGAGCCAGCCAAUCACCUUCACCCCAGAGGAGAUGGAGAAGUACGGCAAGCUGCAGCAGGCCGCCCAGCAGCACAUCCAGCAGCAGCUCCUGGCCAAGCACAUCAAGACCUUCCCCUCAGCCGCAGCAGCACAGGCUGCAGCGAACAUGGCUGCAGCAGCGAACCAUCUGCAGCCGGCACCCCCUCCCCCCCAGCAGCAGAUGAUCCAGAUCCACCAGCCUGCUGUGUCUGCAGCCUCGGCUACCUCCCUCACCACUGUACAACACCUCAUCCAGCAGCACCAUGCUGCUCAGGCUGCAGCCAUGGGCAUCCACCCACACGGACCCCACCCACACCCCCAGUUAGCCCAGGUCCACCACAUCCCCCAGCACCACCUCACCCCCAUCUCCCUGUCUCACCUGGGACACUCUCUAGGCCACACUCUGGGCCACCAGUUGGGAGUGGGACACGCUGGACUGAUCCCUGCCCACCACACGGCCUUCCUCUCUGGCCAGCCCAUACACAUUAUCCCAGCCUCAGCACUUCAUCACCACAGCCCCUUAGCCCUCCACCACAUACCACACUCAUCCCUCUACCCAACGCUGUUUGCCCCCCGGCACACUAACGCCGCUGCGGCAGCCGCACUGCAGCUCCACCCCUUCCUGCACCCCAUUUUCUCAGGGCAGGACCUCCAGCACCCCCCUAACCACGGCUCCUGAGAAAGACUUCACUAGAGCCAUGUGUCCACAUCAGAGGAGGGUGUUUUGGACAGAGCAGGCCUGGUUAAACAUCUGAGUUAACAUGGAGAGAGGGAGGUGUCUAUGAGAAUAUCAUCAAAAUGGCCACCAUUAGACCACUGGCCAGACAGAGGUGCUGUGAUAUGCUGCCUGUGCAGAGGUAAACAACAGACAUUUACUGUGGGCUCUUUGAAUGGACCCCUCCUAACAGUUGCCUGACAUUCACCCUGAGGUUUCUGGACAGGGUGGAGGAGGGUUUGAGGAACCUCAAAUCUAAGACGGCAGUUUGUUUUGAAUGGGAACACAGUUCUUUUUUUUUUUACCUCUGGAGUAUUUUUUUUUGUCCCACAGUUUAUAACUGAUUGUUGCUGUCAAUGUUCUUCUUUGUUUUUACAGCCAAAGAGACGCAGUGGCUGAAGCCAUAAGCAGGAUGGUGUUGUGGGAAAGGAAAGGGGAGAUGAGAUGGGGACAAGGGGGGGUUUAGGGUGACAUCCAUGACUGGAAACAGCCGUGACUUUGUAAUGUAAUCUGGUGGCUCUUGUCUACUACCUGAAUUCUGUUGUCAUUAAUAUCCUCACAUGACUACUUGCUCUAUUCAUGACCCGUAAUAUUCACCAACAAUUUGUAAUACGGUAUAGUGUACAUAGAUCACUGAGCAAUGUGAAGUAUCCCUCUAAUAUGAUGGGCAUAUAAGGGAUGUUCUUUAUUACUGACUAAUGAAAUGUUACCCAUAAGGAAAUUAUAAUGGUCACUGGUGGGGGAACACCGAUAAGAGUUUGGGCAAAGCUCAUGUUUUAUUGGAGGUACUGUGGGGUGGGGAGGGGGUCACACCCUCUUAGUGCUGUAGGGUUAAAGGUCAUGUUGUUCCAAGUGGUAGUAUUUCGAAAUGACUUGCACUGAAAUCUGUACAUCAAGAUGCUGCUUUCGCAUCAUGUAACAAAUGUAUGAUUGUAGUAUACUGCAAUAAUUGUAUUUUUUUUGUUUCUAAAUUAUUUUCCAAAAUGCUCCUCAAAAUGUUUUUCCUCUUGUGUAAUUUUUGCUCAAUGUAAAUAAAAUUGCUGUAGUUAACCCCAAUAACAUUCUAGAGGUUUGUUGCUACUGUAUAAAAAAUAACUGAAGGAACGAAGAUGGACAAGAAUACUUUAUCAAGACAUUUUCUGAACUAUUAUCUUGUAUGGGAAGGAUUGGGUGACGGGACUGCCCUGUAAGAGGCAGCAAUGGUAUGUCUUUUUUAAAUAUGAUGCGUCAGCAAAUAAAGAGUUUUGAGUUGCUA